AUGUGUGUCGACAAGUGGGUUGUAGAGUUAUUAAGUGAAGCCUCUGAUGGAAGAAGAGGCAUGGGAGUUGUUCUUAGAGAAGGCGGUUGUGAUAUUCUCAAUAUUCGAGGGGCGGAACCAAUUGCAAGAUCAAUUGCUAAACGUUGUGCAGGUUUGCACUUGGGAAUUAUUACUAUAGCUUCUUGUCUGAAGGGCAUUGAUGACAUCUCGGAAUGGAGGAAUGCACUAAAAGAAUUAAGUCUACGCAAAAAGAGUGUUAAUGGAUUCGAAGAUGAAGUGUUACAACAAUUACAAUUUAGUUAUGAUCGUUUAAAGAAUCCAAAACUUCAAGAUUGUUUCCUCAGUUGUGCAUUAUAUCCAGAAGACAAGGAAAUUGUGGAGGAAGGUCUUAUUCAACUUUGGAUCGCAGAAGGGCUUGUGGAAGAAAUGGAUAGCAUGCAGGCAGAGUAUGACAAUGGUCGUGCAUAA